AUGAAUUCUGUCAAUCCAAAGCCGUUUUUAAACAGUUUGGCUGGACACAUGGUUCUUGUGAAGACGAAAUGGGGCCACUCGUACAAGGGGACCCUGAUCUCCAUCGAUUCAUACAUGAACCUACAGCUCCAAAAUACGCACGAACAGGUGCCCGGUGCUGAUGUUGCAACCGAGCCAGAAAGCUCCACAAUGCUCGGAGACGUUAUGAUCAGCCGCAAUGACCUGAUUCAAUGGAUCAAUGAUUUGUUGUCAUUGAACGUUACCAAAAUAGAGCAACUGGGCACCGGGGCGGUCUAUUGCCAGAUCAUGGAUUCCAUAUAUGGUACCGUUCUUUUUUCUCACCAAAGGGGAUGUUCCCUUGCACAAGGCAAUACCUGUGGAAAGGCUGAUCAAGAUGCGAUUUCAGGACAAUUUGCUACUGUUGCACCCAAGUCUGUUGCUCUUAAUCCCUGCUCAGUCAAUAAUGCCGGGAAAAUGAGCGACCUAGCACAGCAGGUUGCCGACCUGACACAGUUGACGGCCGAGUUAAAGCUUAAUUCGGAAAAUAUGGAGCGAGAAAGAGAUUUUUAUUUCAACAAGCUCCGUGAAAUUGAAAUUUUACUUCAGCGGGAAUCAACCGAAAGCGACAUAUCAAAAGAAAAGCUAACCGGCCUCUUGAUUGGUAAACGCAUUCUGCCCCUUCUGGACCGUGUUGUGAUUCGCAAGCCCAAGGCCCUGGAAAAGACAGCGUCUGGCAUCUUAAUCCCUGAAAAGAGCCAAGAAUCCAUUAGCCACGGCGAGGAUUACAAAAUGGUCCUAGUUCCUGGCGAUAAAGUGGUCCUUCCAACAUACGGCGGCACUCAAGUUAAGCUCGGUGAUGAGGUACCACUUUGCUUCUGA